UAUCAUACAAGUCGUUUUCCUAAAUCAGUUAAUUAGUUAAUGUUUUUACCCAAGCAGUUUAUUUAGUCAAAAUUAUUAGUUUCCGCUGUGAAAUAGUUAGGUUUUGGUUUAUAAGUAAUUUAAAUGUAUUUCUUAUCAUUACGUUUUACAUUAAUGAGCAUAAGUUAAUUUACAGUGUUUAACUUUAUUUAUGCUUGUAUUUUAAGCCUUUGCUUUUUCCUAAAAUGGAUCAGUUUUAUUUAAAUAUCUAAAAUGGCAUCGAGAGAUAAACAACAGUAUGUUGAUGGGCGGCGGACCUGUCCUAGAUUUAAUGGACCUACCACAAGUAAUACAGAUUACGCUUAUGCAUAUUAUGAGCAUGGUCCACAUGGAUCAGCAAAGCCCCAUUCAUGUUCUAAACAUAGUUAUAUCAACCGAUAUGGCCGCGAAGAAAACAUUUAUGAAGAAAUUGAAACAUCUAAACUUGAUGCAGAAGUUAGAUAUGUACAUUCUAAACAUUUACAGGUUCUUGGUGAGUUAAAUUUAUCAAUGGAAGCAAUGAUAAUGCCUGAUAAUGGUGCAUGUUUAAAUAACAAUGGUUCUUCUGGCUUAAAUUUGGGUGUAUCAAGAGAUGGUUCACCAGUAAAUUUAAGUGUUGAUAGUGGCGUUGCUUGUGAUGCCAGUAGUUGUGGAACAAACAGUUUAAGUAGGCCUCGUAAAUCUCACUUCAGCACAAAACGGUUUUGGAAUAAGAUGCCUACGCUUAUAUCACCAAGUCCAAGUAAAACCUCACUUCCAGAUGAAUCUGUUCGAUGGCGACAAAACUCAUGGGAAGAAGUUACUCCUCAAAUUCUUAAUGAACGUCACACUCCAUCACAAAAAAGCUCUAGCUCUGAUCGAGAUCCAGAACUUUCCUCUGAAGAAGAAAGCAAUAAAAGUUAUGAAACUAGAAAUACUGGUUCAAAAACAUUAAGAUGGCCAAAAAAUCCUCCAUCACCAGAUCCACCUUCUAGUCCAGGUUUAUUGUCUAGAUGGUUUUCAUUGAGAAGGUGUUCACAAUAUGACUUAGAUGUUCGGCCAAAUAGCAAAAUGCCUUUAUUGCCAGAGGUAGAAGAAGACUGUUUUUCUAGAAGACUUAUUCCUCCUAGUCUUCCACCAGCACCUCCUGAUAUAACAGAACAAGAACUUAGACGAAGAUACAUUGUUGAUGAUAUUGUUAGAAGUGAAAAUUCAUAUUUGGCUACUCUACACAGGCUUGUUAAUGAUUACAAAAAACCUUUGGAGCAAAGUAUGCCUUCAAUAUUGAGCCAAUCAAAGAUUUCAAUAUUAUUUCAUCGGGUUCCAGAAAUACUUCAAUGUCAUACAUUAUUUAGAAUAGCUUUAGCUGAAGCUGUUGCAAAUUGGGAUCGAGAUCAUAGAAUAGGCGAUGUUUUUGUUGGAUCAUUUAGUAAAGCUAUUGUGUUAGAUAUUUAUAGCGGAUUUAUUAAUAAUUUUUUAAAUGCUAUGGAAUUAGCAAAAACAGAAACUAAAAGAAAAGCUGCUCUUGCAGAAUUUUUUAAAAAUCGCCAAGAAGCUUCUCAUGAUCGUCUUUCAUUCUAUAGUUUAAUGGUAAAACCUGUACAAAGAUUUCCACAAUUUAUUCUAUUUCUCCAGGAUUUAUUGCAUAAUACAGCAUAUGGUCAUCCUGAUAGGAUGUCUUUACAACUAGCUUUGACUCAACUAGAAUCAUUAGCAGAAAUGCUUAAUGAAAGGAAACGUGAGAGUGAACAAGCACAAGCUUUCAAAGAAAUGUUAAAAUCUGUUUCAAGUAAAUUAGCUGUACGGCCCAUAGCAGAUAGUAAUAGAUGUUUGUUGAGACAAGAUGAUGUUACUCAAAUUGAAUUAAAUCAUGGAGAAGUGAUUGGAAAAUGCAAAUCCCGACGUUUAUUAUUACUAAACGACCUAUUAGUAUGUGUUUCAGUUAAUAAUAAAGAUGAUUCAAAUAACUCAUCACAAAAGAGAUUGACAUUAAAAUGGAGUUACCCUAUCUCUGAAAUUCAAGUUAUUGAUACAUUAUCUUUGACAAGUGCAUCAUCACAUACAAUUGGAAGUACAGUAUCACAAAAUAAUAUAACAACAGAUAAUUUGUGCAAUGAAAUGAAUCACCUGAUGAAUGAUUACCAAGUAAUAAGUCGUAUUGUUGAGUUAGCUUCAACAUUAAAAGGCACCUAUUUAGAUUUAGCCCCAGAACAUUUAAAAGGAAUUUUGAAUGCAAUUCAAUGUGAAGUUCAAUAUAAAGGAGAUCAAGUUGCAUGGAUGGAUUCAUGCUGUCUUCAAUUGUUUGUAAACCGACAAGGAUAUACUUUUCAAAUGGAAAAUCCAGAUAUGCGUAAAGCAUGGAUAACUGAAUUGCGGUUAGCACGUUUGGCUCUUGAUCCUAACAAUUCACCAGCUUGGGAGGUUCCUGACCAAGAGUUAAUGCGUCCUAUGGCAAAAAUGCCCUUAUUUGUAGGGGCACAUCCAAUAUCAUCCUCUAGUAAAGAAUCUGAGGUUACAUGUGGCUGCUAUUAUUCUUCGGGUUGUGGAAAGUUUUCGUAUUUAUGGGUUUGUACAACUAGUAUACCAAUAAAUACACAUAUAGCAAUAAUGUCUGUGAAUAAUACUUGUAUUCUGAAACAAAUCACAACAUUAGACUUACCCCAAACUAUAGUUAGUGCUAUAGAAUAUGUUAGAGCUUCUGAUACUGUUUGGAUGGGAACUAAUCAUAAAAGUAUAUUAAUUUUUAAUACAGCUGAUAUGUCUGAAGAAGCAAGUAUUUUAUUACCCGGAGAAGAUGAAAGUCUUCGAGUUACUGCCAUAAAACAUCACUGUGAUACUGUUUUUGUUGCAUUAUCAAAUGGUUCAUUACUGCUGUAUAGAAGGGGAAAUCAAUCAAAAGAACCUGAAGUGGUUAUUUUAGGUUCUAAUGAUCCUAUAACAUGUAUUUUACCAAUUAAUUUAUCGUUGUAUGUAGCAUGUGGAAAACAAGUAUUUGUUAUGAGUGCAAUAACUGGAGAACUUCAGAAAAACUUUACUAUUCACCAUGGAAAAAAUGUUAAUCUAUUAGCUCAUUCAGGAGUUGGACUAUGGCUAUCAUUAAUGAAUUCUACUACUGUUUGUUUAUAUCAUACAGAAACAUUCAAACAUUUACAGGAUAUAAACAUUGCAUCAAAUGUAACAAGGCUGAAAGGAACUACGUCUCCAGUUAAUGUAACUGCUCUUAUGGCCUGCAAAGGUUUACUGUGGGUUGGUACAGAUGCUGGUAUUAGUUUAACUGUACCGUUGCCUCGACUAGAAGGAGUGCCAAUCAUUAGUGGAAAAGUCAAUGUAUCAUAUCAUGGCCAUACGGGUCCUAUAUCAAUUCUAGUACCAUUACAAAAUCCACCAACCGUUUUAAAAAGACCACCAUCAAAAACUUUAGCCAGUGAUGUAUAUGAUCUUUAUGGUAGACUGAUGUGUGUUAAAGAUUAUGAUAAGAAUGAUGAUACACUAAAUUCAAGCCGAUGGUCUUUAAGAUCAAAUGAUGAUACAUCAGGAAUUUCACAACAUUCAAGAGCAACGGAUGUAUCCAAAAAAGAUUUUACUUUAGUUACGGUGUCAUGUGGUCGUGGAUAUGUCAAUUAUCAGCAACCUUGUUGCUCAACUAUAGAAAAUAAUGCAUACAUUAUUUUGUGGGAAUUAAAGUUGUAAACAAUUUUUUUCCUCUGUUUUAUUAAAUUUUAUCAUACAAUUGCAUAACAGGUUCAAAAAAAUAUUUUUUAUUACUAAAGUAGUAGAACUUUUUAUCAAGUAUUAAAAACAUUAUGUUUGUAAGAGGUAACUGAAGUAUAA